CGCUUAGAAAUUGAGAGCUCGAACUUUGUCAGGGCCGGCAAAUCUGUUUUGAAAUCUGUUUGGUUCAUGCUAGCAAAUCUGUUUGGUCUGGUGGCUGUUGGGGAGGGGCGUGAGCCUCCCCUGACUGCGACUGACAGACGUGUCGAGAGGUCGCAGGCCACAUCCCCGGGGGACGCCCUGGUGGAGCCUGGAGAGGACCAGGGGCGCCUGGAUUCCUCUCGUCUGUUAAGUUUGUUAGAUUUUGAGUCUGGUACUGAAACUCUGUUGCCAGCUAGGUCAAUUGGCUUUGUAAAACCUUCUUUUUGGAUCCUUCGAUUUUUGUCUCAACGCGUUGUGUCUGUCCUUGUCUUUUGUUCUUUGUUUCUUGUCAUUAGUGUGUGUGUGUUUUCGGUAAUGGGCCAGUCUGCCUCUACUCCUUUGUCUCUGACCCUGGAUCACUGGUCAGAAGUCAGGGGACGGGCUCAAAACCUAUCCCUUAUCGUCAAGAAGAGUAAAUGGCAGACUUUCUGCUCAUCCGAGUGGCCCUCUUUUAAUGUCGGAUGGCCCCCGGAGGGGUCCUUCCAUUUGCCUCUCAUCAGGGAGGUAAGGAAUCUGGUUUUUCAGCCUGGUCGUCACGGACAUCCAGACCAGGAACCUUAUAUCCUGGUCUGGCAGGACUUAUGUGAAAACCCCCCGGCGUGGGUAAAGCCCUUCUUACCUCCUAGUUCCCUUCCCAGGUCCUCGACUUUGGCUCCGGAGCCCACAAUACUCCCUGUAAAGUCGGCUGUUCCUUCCUCUUCGCCCUCUGCUCCCCCGGUCCUCCCGGACUCCCAACCUGACCUUAUCCUUUUAGAUUCCCCACCGCCUUAUGCCACACCUCAGCCUCUGCCAUUGCAUCCGCAGCCUCCGGCAGCCCGAGCGCCGCAGCAGAACGAUCGGUCGCCGCCCCAGGUGCCCGAUCUGCCUGCUCCUACGCCACCCGCUCCUGUUCCCCUGCCGAUACCCCCGUUGGUGGCCUCUCCGGAUUCUACCCUUGAGGGUCCUUCGACACCGCCGGAUGGCGGUCCGGCCCAGCGGACCAGGAGCCGGUGCCCACCGGAUGAGGGGCCUGAGGCUGUCAUUAUGCCGCUACGCCCUUAUGGGCCUAUGGUGGAUAACGGGGACGGGAGAGACAUGCCGGCCCUCCAGUAUUGGCCGUUUUCCUCUUCUGAUCUGUAUAAUUGGAAAAAUAAUAACCCUCCUUUUUCUGAGGACCCCACUCGGUUAACAGGUCUCGUGGAGUCCCUUAUGUUUUCUCACCAGCCCACCUGGGAUGAUUGCCAACAACUUCUGGGGACCCUCUUCACCACAGAGGAAAGAGACCGAAUCCUGUUAGAAGCUCAGAGGAACGUUCCAGGGCGAGAUGGGCGUCCGACACAGCUACAGAAUAUUAUUGAUGACACCUUCCCAUUGGCUCGCCCCAAUUGGGACCCCAAUACUCCGGAAGGUAGGGAGCAUCUGUCCUCCUAUCGCCAGGCUCUCGUGGCGGGUCUCCGGGCAGCUUCCAGGCGGCCCACCAAUUUGGCUAAGGUAAGGGAGGUCGUCCAGGGUCCUGCUGAAUCCCCUGCAGCCUUCUUAGAAAGGUUAAUGGAAGCCUAUCGGAGGUUUACCCCCUUCGACCCGCAGUCGGAGGAUCAGAGGGCUUCAGUGGCCAUGGCUUUCAUUGGCCAAUCUGCUACAGAUAUAAGGCGUAAGCUGCAACGCCUUGAUGGGCUGCAGGACCUUACCCUUAGGGACCUAGUUAAAGAAGCAGAUAAAGUUUUUCAUAAGAGGGAAACAGAGGAGGAGAAAGAGGAACUAGUCAGUAGUAGUAAGGAGAGAGACAGGAAGGGAGGCAGUACAGGGCCACGACCAAACUUGGACCCGGAUCAGUGUGCUUACUGUAAGGAGUACGGACACUGGAAGAAGAAUUGUCCUAAGCUCAAGAAGGGCUUGCAGGCCAAGCAGCCCACGUUGCUGGCCCUGGAUGAAGACUAG